UAAACUCUCUAUUUGAUGAAUGGAUUCUUUUUUUCUAAAAUGAAGUUCAUCUUUACCCAAAUACCUUAAAAAAACGAUGUUAAAUUGAGCUACCCUGCGCAUAAAUUUGUUCGAAAGGUUUAUCAGAAAUCACGACGAUUUUCUUGUUCGGUGUAAGUAACGAUGCCACCAAAAUCAAAAUCAAAAUCAAAAUCAAAUGGACGAAGAAGCAAGGUGGCUCCGAAACCCAAACAGAUAUGGCGGGUGAAGCAACCAACAAGGAACUGGUUGGAGCUCCCGUCAGAUUUAAUGCUCAACAUACUCCAAAGACUUGGUGUCUUUGACCGACUUGAGAAUGCCCAAAAAGUCUGCACUGCUUGGCGUCAAAUCUGUAAGGACCCUGCCAUGUGGAGGCUCGUUUAUAUCGACAGAUAUUCAUCUGGGAAAGACAGGCUUAGAUGUAAGGACAUGUGUAAGCAUGCUGUCAAUAGAAGCCGAGGCCAAUUGCUUGAUUUAACCAUCAUUGGUUUUUGCGAUAACAAUCUUCUUCAGUAUGUUGCUGAUAGAACAAGUCAGCUUAGGCGUCUUGAAAUCGUACAGUAUUAUCAUGACGAAUCUGAAGUCUGGCGUGAAGCUUUCAGAACUUUACCAUUAUUGGAGAAGCCCAGCCUUGUCGAAACGAAACUUGUGAAAGAAGAUAUUGAAGCUGCCGCUCGCCGUUGCCCCCUGUUAAAAACACUCAAACUGAACCAAAAAAUAUUCAAAUGGGAUGGUAGCUGUGAAUAUGAGUCCAUGGUUGUAAAUGUUCUGAAUGAGAGAGCCUUAGCGAUUGGGAGUUAACGCACCGCAGCGUGCGUGUGAUGUUCAACAUUUUUUCAUAUAUUUUUUCCCGUUUGACUGGCCCGUCGUGUCA